AAUAAAAAGGCUGGCAACCCCAGCCAAUGUAAACAUUGGCUCCGUAUUUAAAUUUGUAAAUUUGCCUAAUUAAGUGUGUAAAACUAUAUAAGUAGUACCAGUGAGUUCCGAAUAAGCUAAUAAUCCAGUGAUAUCGUUUGCAGACGCUAUAAUAGCUUCUAACUAAUAAAAACUAUAUUUAAAUGUUACAUAUCGAAGUGCAGUAAAUGUUCGACAUAACUAAUAAAUCCAGUGCUCAAGGUAUACACUGAAUACAAACAAUAACAUUCCUCAAAUGGGAUACAAAGUGUGGUAAUAAAUAUAAAAGUGCUAAGUGAAAGUGAAAUAAUAAACUAAAUAAACUAUUAAAACUAAAACUUUUCUGUUUUUACCUCCAAAUUUGAACAUUGGCGGUACUACCAACCGAACGAGCUUGAAUGAAGCGCAGUUGCGUUCCAGUCCACUAUUGAUAGCGCUGCCAACCGUAACGAUAGGAACGUUCCAUAGAAUCGUUUGUUUACGUUUAGCAUAUCAAGACACGUUCCAUAUCAAAAAAAUUGAAUAACAGUAUUUAUAACAUUAACGUUCUAUUUAUAAAAAUGGAACUAAAUAAUAUUACUAUGAGAAACCGAUGUAUUAGGAGAUGUCUUUCGAGUGCUUCUCUUGAAUCAAUUGAUUCUUCAUCAUCUAAUCUAAGCGUUAAGAGUAUGAUGGACCUAUCUACCUACAUCAUGACUGAUGAAAUAACACAACUACAAAAUUCGAUACAGAAAUUGAGGGAAGAAUUAUUAAGUGCUCAUACUGAGAUAGAACAACUAACAUUGGAAAAUUCUGAAAUUAAAAUACAGUUGCAAAAUGAAAUAAAAAAAACUGAGCAACUUAGAAAAAUGUGUACUACAUUUAGUCACAAAAAGACUGUCUCAUCGUCAACCUCAUUAAAACUGAAUAGAAGUCAAGCUAUAAAACAGAAAACUGCCUCAAGGAAACUUAAUCUUGACUUGGAUUUUCAUACCCCCAAGCCUUCCCGAAACAGCACUUCUUUGGAGUUUGCAGGAAAUAAUAACAAUCCGCCAACUACCACUAGUCAACCUAAUCCUAACAUUGAAGAUGGAGAGAAGAUACCCAGUCCUCCGUGUUGCGAUUCAAGGAAAACUACGAAAACUACGAGCCCUCAAACAGAUAUUAGUCAACCCAACAGUGAUAAAUGUCUUGAAGAAUCUGGUAAAAUACUUAUCUUCUCUGAUGAUCAAGGACAAGGUACUGUGCAAAAAUUAUUAAAAAACAAACAUAAAUUAAUUUCUGAUAAUUACAAAGUACAAUCUAUGACAAAACCAAACGCUAAAACAAACCAUGUAUUGGCAGAUUGUAAACAUUACACUAACUUACUUUCAAAGAAAGAUCAUGUAAUCAUAAUGACUGGGAGCAAUGACUCAAAUCCAGUGGAAUUUUUGUCUGAAAUAUCUAUAGCAUUACAUUUUCUUAAUAAUUGCAAUGUGUAUGUAGUAAAUGUGCUUCAUAAUAAUUACCUUAAUGAACGUAAACUGAAUGAUCAGCUAAAGUUAAUAACUCGAAAUUACAAUAACUGUACAUUUGUAGAGACAAAACCACACAAUGUUUUACAGCAAAUAUUGUAUCAUAUCAAUGUAAAACUAUAUUAUGAAAUAUUCCUGUCUUAUAAUAAUCUAACAAUUCAACAAUGUUGCGCCUCACAUAAAACUUUAAAUAAAAAUUCUCAUGUUAUAACAACAUAUUCAAAUGGUUGUAAUGUAGAAAUAAAAAAAGGUACAAUACCUUACUAUUUCCCUGUUAUAAAAAAACUUUCACAGACAGAACCAAUAGAGAAUGUUUCUAGUACCAAUAACCAGUCGCAAGUUAAACCAAAAGUAAAUAAUUUUUUUCGCGACUAAAUCUUCGUAUUCUGUCUUUCACCAAAAUAUUGCGGGUGCCUUAAAUAAGAUGCAGGACUUGGAAGUGGCACUACUAGAGCUUCUCGAACUGAGAAAGAAUGUUGUAGUUGUAUGUUUAAGUGAACACUUCAUCAAAAAGCAUGAGGAAAUGUACCUCAACAUUAACGGUUUCUGCCUAGCUGAUAUUUUCUCUCGUGAGAGUCAACGUCGCGGAGGUACUUGCAUCCUCUGUAGAAAUGACUAUGUAAGUACUAAACUUGAUGUUAUAAGUGAAUUCGCAUCUGAAAGACACUUUGAAAUAUGUGGUAUAAUGAUAAAAAAUCUUAAUCUUAUAGUACUAUGUAUAUAUAGAACCCCGAAUUCCGAUGUUAAUACAUUUUUUGUUUGUCUUGAAAAAACUCUUUUAAGAAUUCACAAUAAAAAACAAAAUAUUAUUAUCUGUGGAGAUUUUAAUAUAGAUUUGCUGCUUUCAGAUAAAAAUAGUGCAACUUUUAGAGAUCUGAUGCUAAAUUAUGGUGUACAACACUACAUAAAUGAACCCACUAGACAUAAUAAAUGUAUUGAUAAUAUUAUUGGUAAUAUUGAUGACUAUCUUGGCGAAACACAUAAUUUUUAUCUUUCAGAUCAUAAUACAGCCCAAACAGUUACAAUAAAAGAGCAAACCAUUGAUGUUAAAGGUUACUAUUAUAUUAUUAAAGAUGAUCUCAGUAAGGAAAAUGUAAUUAAGUUCAUAGAUUAUAUUAGUUGCUUAAGCUUUAGUGAAGUUUAUGACACAUCAGAUACAAAUGAGGCAUUUGAGAAGUUUCAUGAUUUAUUGAUAUUAUUUUAUAAAUUAUGUUUUCCGAGUAUAAGAGUAAAGAAAAAAUUUAAUGUUAGUAAACCAAAAUGGAUAACAAGAGGAAUCAAAACUAGUAGCAAACACAAAAGGUCUUUACGGUUUAUCUAUUACCUAAAUAAAAUUAACGAAAAUAAAAAUAGGUAUAAAAAUUAUUCUAAAAUAUUAAGAAAGUGUAUGUAUAAUCUUCAAGCACUAUGCAACCAAACAUAUAUAGCUCAGUCUCACAAUAAAGUAAAAGCUACAUGGAAUGUUGUAAAACACAACACGGGUAAAAUUAAAUGUAGAAAUAAUCUGGAUUUUCUUAAAGAUAACAAUACCACAACUACAUCUGGCUCAGAUAUUGCUAAUACAUUUAACAAAUAUUUCGUCAACGUUGCUAAAAAUGGUGAGUCAAAUAAUAUUGACAAUAGUAAUAUAUCUUUUUCCGAUUUAGCUUCACGAGAUAACAGUAUUUUUAUAGAACCCAGUGAUGGUGUUGAAGUUUGUCAGAUUAUAAGGAAUUUAAAAAAUACAAAAUCUUGUGGGUAUGAUAAUAUUUCUACGGAUAUAAUCAAAUGUAUAUCCCGGUAUAUA